GCUACAACCAAGAGCUCCACGUGUGGCAGCAGCUGGAGCAGCCGGGAAAGGCAAAUCCCCCCGGAAAGGUGACAGGCGAUUGGAAGGCUGCUCGCCCACCUCCCCAGCCACCCGUUCGCGCGAAGUCGCUAAUGAGUCAAGCUGGCAUAAGCCGAAGGAGGCACCGACAAACCAGCGCGGCGUCGGAAGCCACCAGCAGCAAUUGAACCUCCCUGGCUCCGGGCUGGCUGCUUGCAAAGAGCCUCCAGUCUCAGGAUCGCAGCCUCUUCCUCCUCACGAUCUUUCCCCUGGAACUGGCUUUCCUCGGCGGCCUGGGCUGCACGGGAUCUAUCUCGGCAAGGCGGUGGAGCUCGGCAUCCCUGCUCGGGAGGAGAUCUGUCAGCUGAAGGACCUCUGCAGAUCCUGGCACAGACCACCAGCUCUAGCCUGGGGCUGCCUUCUCGCGUUUGACGCCCCGCAGCUGCCUGGAUGCCCGUGCGCACUAGGGAUAGGGACCCAAUACUGCUGGUGCUGAGACGGCUGCCCACGGCCCCCGUUUCGGUGCGCGACCAACUCCUCCUCUCAGGUCUCCCCCAGACGGGAUGUUUCUGGUCGCGCUAGGAGCUCGCUGAAGUUGAGGCCAAGGGGCUGCGAUGCCCGCGCCUCCUUCAGGGCCUGCCUCUCGGUCCCAGGACCCCAGAUUUUGCUGCCAACCCCCACCCCACCCCGAGCUUUUGGCCCCUUGUGCACUGGGAUGAGGUGUGGGUGCAACCCUGAGCCCUAAGGAGCGGAGGGGGACCUUCCUCCGCCGCCCGAGCCCGGCAGCAGGCCCCGAUCCGAGCCCUCUGUCCAUGGGGCUGCCUGGUCCCCGCCACAGCUAAGCGGCUGAGCGUGGGGGGCGAUGGCCCCGGCCCGGGGGGCCGCCUAGCAUGGCCCGGGGAGCAGCGCCCCCUGCCUCCUCGUCAGGCCCCGAGCCCUUGCCCCGCCGCGCCUUGAGGAAGCUGCUGCUGGUGCUGGGCUCCCUCCUCAUGUCUCUCUACGCCAGCUAUUGCCUAGCCGGGGCGGCGCGGGUCCUCGCUCGGGAUCCGGCCCCGAUCCCUGGGGUUCAGGGGGAGGAGGCGGCCGGCACGCCCCGGGAUCCCUCCCUGCAGCCCCAGCCGGGAGGAGAAGGCAGCAAGCGCCUUCCGCAGGCGGUGAUCAUCGGCGUGAAGAAGGGCGGCACCCGGGCGCUGCUCGAGUUUUUGCGGGUGCAUCCGGACGUCAGGGCGGCGGGCGCCGAACCCCACUUCUUCGACCGCAACUACCAGCGGGGGCUCACCUGGUACAGGGAUUUGAUGCCAAGAACCCUCGAUGGGCAGAUCACCAUGGAGAAAACUCCCAGCUACUUUGUCACCAAGGAAGCACCUGCUCGCAUCUCUGCCAUGUCGAAAGGCACCAAGCUCAUUGUGGUGGUGAGAGACCCGGUUACCCGAGCCAUUUCUGACUACACACAAACUUUGUCCAAGAAGCCUGACAUCCCCACCUUCGAGAGCCUGACCUUCAAAAACAGGACUACGGGCCUCAUUGAUACCUCCUGGAGUGCCAUUCAGAUUGGCAUUUAUGCCAAGCAUCUGGAAAAUUGGCUCCUCUAUUUCCCUAUUGGGCAGAUUCUCUUUGUCAGUGGGGAAAGGCUAAUCAGUGACCCUGCUGGCGAGUUAGGCCGAGUCCAGGACUUCUUGGGUCUCAAAAGGAUCAUCACAGAUAAACACUUCUACUUCAACAAGACCAAGGGCUUUCCGUGCCUGAAAAAGGCAGAAGGCAGUAGCAAGCCGCAUUGCCUGGGCAAAACGAAAGGGCGGACCCAUCCAAACAUCGACCAGAAGGUGGUCCAGAGGCUACGGGAGUUCUACAGGCCUUUCAACAUGAAGUUCUACCAGAUGACUGGACAAAACUUUGGCUGGGAUUGAGGCUGGAAAAAAAUAAUUUAAAUGAAUAAAAAGGAAAAUAUAUUUUUGUACAUAUCAAUGAAGAAGGGAAAUUAAUAUUUGUGCCGAUGUGUGGUGGUUCCAAUUAAUAUUUUAAUUUUGGCACAAAAAUGUCAUGGUUUUCUAUUUUACUUACUUUAUUGGUCAGGAUUUACAGUAUCUACUUCCAUGGAACCAGAAGUUCGAGUUGAGGACUGGAACAGUAAGCCUGGUUAUUUACCUCAGUGAGUCCAAGAUGUAGAUUCUUCAUGAUAGACAAGAUACACCUUUCCAUUUAUGUUUUUUAUGGCAGAGGUUGGAUUCCUCAAUCAGUUAAUUCUGGGUUCAGUGCCUAGAUUUUAAAACUAGCAUUUCCACUUGCGGUCCCCGGUCCCAGAGUUAUCCAACUGUUCCCAACCACGGCCAGGUCUUUUUCUUGGUUUAGGCCCCAGCCUGGUGGAAUUCUCUGUCUAAUGAAACCUGGGCCCUGGAGAAUUUAGUUCAGUUCCACAGAGCCUGUAAGAUGGAGAUUCUCUACCAGACCUAUGGUUGAGGAAGCUAGCCUCUCAUCCUCAGCCCUCCUUAAAUUCAUAUUGAAUGCAACAUUUUGGGAGGAGGGGUGGCAUAUAGCUAUAAAGAAGGAAAAAUUCUGGAAUUAUAAUUGAAUGUGAUUUUAUUGAUUUCACUACACUGAUUUUUAUUAUUGGAUUUAGUGUCUGUAUCCCUUAUGAGUCUGUCUGUAUUAUGGUGGAAGUUCCCCUCAGCCAGGCUUUGCUGAUGGAGGGCAAUGUAUAAAUUGAAUAAAUAGAUAAAUAAAUGGAGAGGAGGGGGUUUUCUCUGACCACUCAGACAGUUUAUUCUAAAGAUCAUGGGGCCUGCAUGGCCAAAAGCCAUGUGGAACAGGAGGUGUAUUAAGGAGCAUAAUAAUUAAGUGAGAUGGAGUGAAGAAAGCUGUUUGGAUCCAACCUAAUACUACUAGGUCAGUGUUUGUGACUAAAUAACAGUAUGAAAUAGAUUUUUGUUUUGGCUUUAGCAUGUCCUAUGGAGGGCUUUUGCAUAACCACAAAAGUUGCUCAGGAUAGAUUCAACAUGAGAAUGUUUUCAGAGUGAUCGAUGUGCAUAAACAUUUUGCAAGCUGUGUGGAACUUCAGAUCCCAGUGUUCUAGAGCAAAGGUAAUUUAUUCACUCAUCUGAUUCUCCACCUUUCUUUAUAAACAUAUGUAACAUCAUCUCUGGGUGAGAGAGAUAAUCAGGAACAGAAGGUAUUGCUGAAGUCCUACUGUAGCAUUACCAUUUCUUAAGGUCUGACAGUAGUUGUCUGUGCUAGUGACCUAAAGCACACCCACAGGACUGGACCAUUAGGCAUUUACUGAAGAGUGAUGUGCAGCCUUGUCUGAACACUUGACUCUAAACCGAGCCCUUUUGCAAAGAAGAUCCAGUAUCCAAACUCAUUAAGAUAAAGUAUCUUCGCUAUAAUUUGAAAGGCUUUAUUCCUCCAUCCCCCAUCAUACCCACCUGUUGCCUCCAUAAAGCCUUAUAUUAGCUCAGAUUUCUCUAUCAGAGCCUAGUGACAGCUGGGCUGAGCUGAAGAGUCAACAGUAGGGAGCAAAAAAACACAGCCGCUUUCUCUAUCAUCCUCCCCCCCCCCCCCAACACACACAAUUAAGCACAAGAGGUUCUAAGGUCACUGCUCGUAACAGUCAACCAAUCUGCUCAGCCUCCUGUCUCAACUCCGAAUGUUCCAUCUCUAGCCUUAAAUCCUUUUUUGGCAGGAUCUUGUGCCAUAAAACAUCUGGGUAAACAUUUUAUAAUCACCCAAACAAAGAAGGGAAAGUAGCUAUUAGGUCAUUUGAGAAUGUAACAUUGGACAAAUCUGGCUUGCUCCCUCUCACAUCAGCUCUUCUGUCUGAGGUCCUUCGGCGAGCUUGAUUCAUCCCAAAUACAGAAAUCACCUUAUAUAGACACUCCACUGGCUGUGACCACAAGAGAAAAACAACAGCUGCAAUAAUUGUAGUUUUCCUGCUCACUCAAACAGAAAAGGAUGUGUGUGUGUGUGGGGGGGCAAUAAUGUACCCCUGAAGCUGAUGCCAGAAGGCACAAAAUAUCUCACUUGAGAAAUUAACAACUUAUUGACAAAGAAUUGAAAUGUAUUCAGUCCCCAUCUCAUUCACUUAAUAAAAUUCUCUGGAGAAAAGCUGUCUUUCAAGACAUAGUACAUUGUUAUUCAAAUUGUUUAACAAAAUAAAUAAAAAAACAGAAACAGGUUAAUACAACAGCUUGUUAGUCUCUGUCAUCUUCAACUCAGCUGAAUAUUAGUAUAAAUUAUGACCAGUCAUUCUCAGUAAUCUCUCAGUUGUAAGGUAACAGCUUGAAUCCAAUCAGCUGCACAGCCUUGCAGUAUGUGAGCAUCAUGACUACCACAUAAGUUGGUUGCACUUGUCUGGCACUCUUUGCCCUAUCCGCUACAAUUAUCUGCUGGCAGGGCAAGUAUAGUGUUCCAACGGCAAUGUGCUCAAUAGUCUUUUUGUGAUAUUGCAAAUCCUCUUUUGCAGUCUUUCAGGUAUCAUACCUUAGUGUUCCUAUCACAUCCCUGCUUUGAGAUUAAGUUGUCCUUGACAGACAUCUAUUAAAAGUAUUCCAAAUUAUUUAAUUUCAACUGUUCCAGAGCAUGCUUAUUAAGUUAUUGCAUGCAUGUGUGAACACACACACACACACACACACACACACACACACACACACACACACACACACACACACACUCACUCUUCUUAUUUGUAUAAAGUCUCCAGCAUAAUGAGUUGGUUUUACUGUUAAAAAGGAUUUUAGUGAAGAAUGUAAAGAUUUUUUUGGAUUCUGGAUUGGAUUGGUUUCAUAGUGGAUGAUCAGUUGGACAUGGUCAAGGGGAUUCCAUCUCUGUAAUUCUCUUAAGGUCAUCCAAGAGAAUUGAACAGGAGCUUACAAUUGCAAUGCACAUACUGUAACAUACAACUUAAAGGCAAACACUGGUUUCUAGCUUGUUGCUGAACCAGUAAUGCAAUGCUGAAUUGAGGCCCAGAUGAACAUAGGAUUUACUUUAAUAUGACAGAGCAGUGUUUCAAAAUAACCAGUUUCAGUAAUGUACUGAGGAGUAUAAAACGUAAAACUUCCAAGAUUGAAAAGCAAAACAAUAAUCCAGCUUUUUAACAGUGCUCCUAAGGAAUAUUUCUUGCCACAAUGGGAUGAACAAUGAACGUGCAAACUUGUUGCUAGGUAAAAUUAAAAACCAGAUUAUCAAGGGACCUUAUGAAUGAAUUGUUCUUUUCAGUGCAUCUGGUAUACUAAAUGCAAAUGAAGAUUCUUUGGAUCUUAUUCAAGAGCAUACUUUGUGAAGUUUAUUUAUUUGAAAUAGUUAUUACUUUAUCUCUCAGUUUUACCCAGCAUAUUCCAUAUAAGGCCUGCCAAGAGAGAUAUCAAUUCCUUUUUAUUAACAGAAAAAAACUUCUUUCCUAAACUCAUUAUAUUUUAUGUUAUUUCUUUGCUUUGUAAUCCUCUCAUUUCUUCACUUUGAUGCUAUUUCUGUAUGAGCUGAAGACUUUUAAUUUAAUUUAAGGCUGAAGAAGCACAUAUUUUAAUAAAGUUUACGGGUACUGAGAG